ACAGGUGCCAUUGCUCUCUCUUUCUUUGUUUACAACGAAAGGAAGAAGCAGAAAACACACAUAUUUCCUCGAAAUGAUCGCCUCCGACUCUGAAAAACCGACAUUAAAUAACCAAUAACGAAAAAAUACGAACAAAAAGAACCUUUAUAUUUUCCUCGCAAAAUCAAGCGGUUUUCAAAGUUCAAUCAUCAACAUUCAUUUUCCGGCGCCCUAAAAACUUAAAAAAGAAAAAAAUGGAAUGCGUGUUAACGACGUCGUCCUCAGCCGUUCUCCCCCGGAAUUUUCUGAUCAAUUGUCAUCAUCAUUCCCAGAAGAAUUCUUAUGGUUAUUCUCUGUUCAGAAUGGAAAGGCUUGGAAAGCAACCAAACGCUGCCGUUUGCUGCUUGAAGCAGGCUGUGUCAAGUUCAGUGGGUGAUGUGCAUAAACAGAGAAGUAGUCUUCAAUCUCUAUUUUGUUAUGACAAGGCUGUACCAGAAGAAAUAAUUGAGAAGCCAAUUGGAAUAUCUUUGGCUGAGAAAAAUAUUGGCAAUAAUCCUCGAUGUACUGAUUGCCAAGCCAAAGGUGCUGUCCUUUGCACUACUUGCACUGGUUCUGGUUUGUAUAUUGACUCUAUAUUAGAGAGUCAAGGCAUCAUUGUGAAAGUUAGAUGUCUAGGUUGUGGUGGAACUGGGAACAUAAUGUGCUCAGAAUGUGGUGGACGAGGUCACCUUUGACUCCCCCGGAGAGCAAGAUUUUGCUCCUGGUGAUGUUGUCAUAGCUGGAACUAUCUUAUACUAUGAUAGCAUGUAAGUGAAUGCAGAUCUAGUCACGGUGAUAGUAGAAUUGGUUGUUCAGGUUUACUAUUUAGUAGGAUGUGAGGAAUUUAAGCGAAAAUGCAUUAGUAUAUGAUACUAAUAGCUUCGAAGGUCAAAUAAUUUCCCGACUUGUGUCUAUUUGCUGUUUUUCUUUUCAUUGUCAAUAUUGCAAUGAAUCGUGUAGAGUAUUCAUUAUUUCGGGAAUCAAAAUGAAACUGUUUAUGUAUUCCAGAAUAUGUUUGCUUUGAACUUUUGA